CUACCGAGGCGGAAAUGGUGGGACACCAAGGACGCUAAGCUGCCCAUUAGCCUAACUAGCCUGUGUAGUUUGAACCUCACCUGAAAAAGAUGAAAAUUCUCUUGACAUGAGCUUCGCCUUCUCUUUUUCCUAUUCCGAGUCCGAGUUCACUGUCACGGAGAAUGAUGAAUGCUCCGGAUCUAGAGAAGAACUGGUACUCGAUACUUGGUGCGACUCCUCUUGACGAGUUACAAGAGCUAAAACAGAAGUAUCAGAGCCUGGUGCUGAAGUUUCAUCCAGAUAAGCAGAAUCCUGGCCUAUCAGAAGAGGAGGCGGGGCUGCGACUGCAGAGGUUCAUAGAAGUGGACCAGGCCUGGAAGAUCCUGAGCAGUGAGGAGAGCAGAAGAGAGUUUGACCUACAGCUGCGUGCAUAUGAACUGAAACAAAGCUGGCCGCUGGACGCCUGCAUUACGCUGGAGGACAUGAACUGGGACAGCGAGAAUGAGUGUUACUCGUACAGCUGCCGCUGUGGUGGCGAGUUUCUCCUGGAGAAGGAGGACGCAGAGGGUGACGAGGGCGCCGCCGUCGUGUGCUGCGACACGUGUUCCCUCAGCAUCGAAGUGAAGAGAGCUACAUGAUUGAUGUAGGAAGCUGGGGUCAAGUGCGCAGAGUCGGCCACGUUACCGGAGCACAGAGGGUUAAGGGCCUUGUUAAGGACCCCAAAAGUGGCAACUUUGCAAUACUGGGGCUUGAACCCACAUCCUACUGAUCAGUAACCCAGAGCUUUAACCACUGAGAUACCACCUCCCUGUCUUUAUCCCUAAUGAGCGAGCCAGUUGUGACUGAAACCUUGAAAGAAACCAGACUCCUCAUCCUCAUCAGUGUGGCACUGAAUGCCAUUACAGUUCCAUCGUUGUUGAGGUGUACUGUUCAGUAUUAAGUGCUUAGAUGCAGAACCGUUCAUGAUCCUGAGCCAUUGUAGUUGACUGGUAAUAUCAAUUACAGUCCAAAUCCAUCCUCAAAGUUCAUAACUUUAUCGAUCUUUAGAUCUUUUUUACUGUAAUUUUAAAAUUCGGUCACAUCUCCUGAAACCCAAGGCAACCCCCCAUCCAGAAAUUAUUUCAAUAAUUACAUUCACUUAAAUUUAAGGACAUUUUAUAUUUACAUUUUUUUGAUGAGUCGACACUUCAGUUCUCAUGUAUUUCUAGCUACUCUGUUAGGAAUUGGGUCAUGUUAUUCUCUUUUCUAACAGCCCUCUGGUUAUUUUCUCCAAGCUCUUUAUGCCUUCACCCAGCUGUGUACUUACGUAGCUCAACAACCCUUUUUAACUUUACUUGUAAAUAAAUACGUUUUGGAACGAA